UGUUGCGUUAAUAAAGUGCCCAAACUCUUUCCACUAAGGUUGUGGAAGUACGUUUUUAAAUCACUUGAUGCAGUUAAAACAGCUGCACGAAAGUGGUUGUCAGCAGCCUUCAUUACAUCUGCACUGGAUUCCCGUA